UUCACGGAGCCACCAGCCCGGGCUGCGGAAGGAGGAGGGAGGCGAGGAGAGUUUGAAGUUGCAGCGCUCGCCCGCGCCUUGGCGGAUCGGGGAAGUCCGGGCUGCGCUCUGGACCGGCCCGAUCGGAGCAGGGGAGCGGGGCUGGUUUGCACCCCACGGGGAAAGCAUGAGUGCUUGGAUUUGGCUGUUCGGGGGCUUUGACAAUAGGACGUAGCCUGGCUGAGGAUGGGGCGUUCACCCAAGCGGCGCGCACAAUGGCCAGAGAGGACUCCGUGAAGUGUUUGCGCUGCCUGCUCUAUGCCCUCAAUCUGCUCUUCUGGUUGAUGUCCAUCACAAUUUUAGGAGUUUCUGCCUGGAUGAGGGACUACCUGAAUAAUGUUCUCACUCUAACCGCAGAAACAAGGGUAGAGGAAGCUGUUGUUUCCACUUACUUUCCUGUAGUUCAUCCAGUCAUGAUAGCAGUCUGCUGUUUCCUUAUCAUUGUCGGGAUGUUGGGGUAUUGUGGAACAGUAAAAAGAAAUCUUUUGCUGCUUGUAUGGUAUUUUGGAAGUUUGCUUGUGAUAUUCUGUGUUGAACUGGCAUGUGGCGUUUGGACCUAUGAACAAGAAAUUACGGUUCCUGUGCAAUGGUCAGACAUGGUCACUUUAAAAGCCAGAAUGACCAAUUAUGGCUUACCUAGAUAUCAGUGGCUUACUCAUGCCUGGAACUUCUUUCAGAGAGAGUUUAAAUGCUGCGGAGUGGUUUAUUUCACUGACUGGUUGGAAAUGACAGAGAUGGAUUGGCCUCCUGAUUCUUGUUGUGUAAGAGACUUCCCAGGAUGCUCCAAGCAGGCCCAUCAAGAAGAUCUUAGUGACCUUUAUCAGGAGGGUUGUGGCAAAAAGAUGUACACUUUUCUGAGAGGAACCAAGCAACUGCAGGUGCUUCGAUUUCUCGGAAUCUCUAUUGGGGUCACCCAAAUUCUGGCUAUGAUUCUUACUAUUACUUUGCUAUGGGCUCUAUAUUAUGACCGGCGGGAUCCAGGGACAGAUCAAAUAUUGUCCUUGAAGAACGACACCACACAGCACCUGCCAUGUCAUUCAGUGGAGCUGCUGAAACCUAGCCUGACAAGGAUCUUUGAACACACAUCUAUGGCAAACAGCUUUAACACACACUUCGAAAUGGAGGAACUGUAGGCUGAUCUGAGGUCACAGCAGUAUCUUUCUCUAGUCUAAGUGCACCAUUCUAAUUAAUUGUAUUAGAAAAGAAAACAGACAAGAACGACGUUCUUACGGAGGGGCAAGGAUCGCAUCUUCUGCCUCUUAAAACUGUUGGGGUUCUAGCCUUACUAGUAAAAACCGCUCUUUUUAUUACUUCCUACAUUUUGUCGAACUGUGCAUGUUAUGAACACUUUUCUGCUGGUUGCUGCAGAAAAGAACACAACGCUUUUAAAGCAGCGUCUUUGCAAAAAGAAAUUCAUUAUUUUUGUGGGCUGCCUGGAUUUUUAUCUGAAGAGAUUUAUAACAAUCUUUUUUUAGGAGAAGGAUGGACAACUUGUUCAACACUGAAAGCCUCACUGAGAAUAUAUCAGGAACGGAGGGCCGAGACUAAUCAUUGUCAGCUGAAUGUAACUUAACUAAUUUUUGGAUCAUUGUAAAGAAAUAUUGGGUGGCAAACCCUCUUUGUUGGGAAUAUGUUGCACUCUGAUAAGCUUUUUCUGGAAUGAAUUGCAUCUGAGUAAACUCUCAAAGUCAGUCUUCCAAACUCUGAAAAUGUUUCUAAAAGCCAUGAGGUUGGGUCAAAAGGGACAGCUUUCACUUGCUUCUGAGCCUUUAGAAAGCAUUAUUCCUUUUCAGACUAUCAGCACAAUCAUGAGGGCCAGAAACUUGAAAACAUGGUAUUCUCAGGAUUUAGCAAGAACACAGGACCCUGAACCAACAGCUAGUGUUGCAUGUGAGAAACUCUGUGCUAAGCUACAAGAGACGAAUUACACGAGGAUGCACAUGUGAAGGGACUCACAAUGUUAGCCGGGAAGCUGAGUUUUAAAAGGGAUCGGAAAGCUUUGUUAAUUUCCCCUCUUUACAGAGCCAGCAAAGAUAGGUCCUCAGAGGGUUUGCUAAUUUCCUCUUUGCCUCCCAAAGGCUCUGUCAGUUUCCCCUCCCCUUCUAGGAGGCAAAGAGGAAAUAAACAAACCCUCUGUGGAGCAAUCUUUGCUGGCUCUGUAAAGAGGGGAAAUUGACAGAGCCUGCCAAUCUCUUUUAAUAAUAAUAAUAACAUUUGAUUUAUAUACCGUCCUUCAGAACAACUUAAUGCCUGCUCAGAGCAGUUUACAAAGUAUGUUAUUAUUAUCCCCACAACAAAACACCCUGUGAGGUAGGUGGGGCUGAGAGAGCUCCAGAGAGCCAUGACUAGCCCAAAGUCACCAGCUGGCUUCAAGUGGAGGAGUGGGGAAUCAAACCUGGCUCUCCAGAUUAGAGUCCCGCGCUCUUAACCACUACACUAAACUCAGCUUCCCAGCUAACAUUGCGACUCCCUUCGUGUGAGCAUCCUCGUGUAAUUCAUCUCCUGUAGUUUAGCUCUCUUUCAGAGUGAUGACUGUCUGUUUGUGGAGGCUGUGCUCCAUGGAAUCUUUGGGACGCUGAUGUUUACAUUACAUUGGUCCUAUGCAUAUGAUAAUGGUAAUUUGUGCAUGUUAUUCAGAUCUACAGCUAGGGCCAUGUGUGUCAGUUACUUGUGAAUGGUUGCAUCCAGCGGAGACCUAUACAUACAUAUAGAGAGCCUUUCCUUUUGUCCUUCUGUCACAGCAUUCAGGGUAUGAUGAAUUGUUUAUCUGAGCAUGCACAAAAUCCCAUAACCCAUAGACACAGCGAACCAAGGCAAUGGAGAGCGUAGAUUUGCUUUGGGAAAGCAUAUUUCAACCCCUGUACCAAGCCAUUGUGGAAAAAGAUCAGGGAUAUAUUUGUAUAUAAAAUGGUGUGUGUAUAUAUAGCAGAAAUGCAAUGCAUAUGAAUGCUUGGUUUUUAAAACUUCAGUUUUUGUAAAAAAAAAAAAAAGAGAGAGAGACCUUUUAGCAGCACUUUGAUUUUAGCUGUUUUUAAAGGAAAUAUCUGAAACAUGGGGUUUUUUUCUAACAUGACUUUUUAAUUUUUUAAAUUAAAAUAUUUAGUUAAGGCUGUAGACUUGUAUCUCAAAUGUGAUCCACUUUGAAUAUUUUUAAACUAAUAGAUGUUAUGGAACUGGAUUUAUUGAGGUGUAUAUUAUAUAUUCUUUCCUGACAAGAGAUCAUUAAAACUAGAUGUGUGCAUGGGUAUGUGUAACCCUCCUGCCCUAUUCACUUUUACAAAAUUGUGCGCGAUCCAAAUAGAGUUUAAUACUGGGUAGCCACACUGUUUUUAGUGUGAUAGGUUUACAAAGAUCUCUUACUGUCCCAUAGACAUCAGUGAAACUUAACAGCGCAAUCCUAAGCUGUUGUGCCCUUCUAAGUCUACUUUGUCAGUGGGUUUAGCAUGCGGCUUUGGUUAGGAUUGCAUUAUUAAACUCCAUCUGGAAAUGUUAUCUUCUCCCAUUGGCUUGCGUGAUGCCCCUGGAACUGUUUCGAUUUGCAAACCGAGUUCCAAGGAUCACCUGCACUCUGCAAAUGGCAUACUGUGGCCUGGAUUGUGUGUGAUCUGGAGUAGAUGCCUUGUGUUUAUCAGUUAGCCUAGAUAACUUUUUGAUCCCUCUCAACUCUGUAGUUCCAUAAUGACAGAAAAUUGAUUAGCUACUUUUAUUCAUGCAGUUCAGUAGAGCGUAACAUCACAUUGUAAGAUGCUUGCUUUUCCCCGUUUAGAAUAUUUGAUGGCUAAAAUUGCCACAUAUUAAAGAUUAAAAUAUAUUUAUUGAGUUGUGAAAAAGUGCAUUUUACUGUAUUUUAUAUGUGCCAUGGACUUUAAUUUUCCAGCUCGCCAUGUGCUCAUUCUGUACACUGCGGCAGUGAAUUCUGGUGGUCAGAAGCCAUGUGGUAGCUAUCUCAGAGCUUACAGCGUGAAACUGGUAAUUAUGCGGGGAGAGGAUCAACUAAAGUCUCUGACCACAUGGCUAAACCCAGUUUGACCCACAUCACAAUUCUGGGGAAUUGAGGGGUGGGGGUUGCUGGUCCAAAACAAGUGACUGGGGACUAUAGACUACUGCAGCCUUGUAAGUGGAUGUCAUAUGGAUCCGGUUCAUCUGAAUCCCCCCCUUAAAAAAUUUGCUGUGCCCCUCCUGUGUGCAGCGCACCCUGGAGGUUUUAAUUGGUAAGUUUUGGAUAAUGGAGCUCUGGAAGUGGCUAUAUGUACUCUUAGAUGAUUUUGAAAUUGUUCCAGUUUUUGUGGAGAUUGAUGAGGGAGGGGAAAACAAUGUGUAAUGUGGCAGUCAAUAAAAACCACUAUUGUUUUA